AUGUGUCACGAACUGAGACGUCGAAGUUCGUCAUUGCGAAUAACAUUUCAUAGGUCAUCUAGUUUGGUUGGUAAAGUUGGAUCAAAAGCUUCUGAACCACACGAAAGUCGCAAAAUACGUACUAUUAGAGAUUUUUCUGGACGUUCCUCCCUUUCCAGUCUCGGCAUUUCCUUGCCUAAAUGGGGACGUAGUGUUAGUCGAAGCAGACGUAGGACUAGUGAGAAAACAGUUGAAACUCCUUUGCCUCAUGGUAAGCAAGAAGAUAUAUCCGAUAUUUCACUUAAUAUCGUCCAAGAACACAGUACAACAUCAAACAAAUCUCAAAAUGGUUUCAGUCCAGUAUCGCGUUUAACAAAAGCGGAUUGUCCUAAAGAAAUGUGCCAUUUUAUUAUGCCAUUGCGACGUCUGAUUUCUCGUGACUACUUUCAUUCGAAGUCACUACGCUCUCGUCUUCGUUCUUCUCUGCGUCAAAAUGAAGCUGCUGUUUCUCCUAUCAUUCAGGUCAAGUCACCACAUGGUUACUCUGCUUAUAAAUGUGAUUUGGACUCUCCUGAACCUCGUGGACAGCUUAACGGGUCUAACAUCUCUAACACAUCAUAUUCAGCAGUGGAUUCUUGUGAAAUUUAUUGUCAGCCUUUACAUUGUAGUGCUUGUGGGGAGACGCUAGUAUUACAUACAGAUAUCAAUAGUGCAAAUAUGAUAUCGCCAGGACCACAGUUUUCGGAAUUGCUACUCCGUCCACCUGUUUCCAUUCUCUCGAGCUCCAUGUCUUCCUCAUAUUGGCAGGCUGAAGACCCAGGAUAUACAAUCUUUACGGAUGCUCAUCUAGAUGCUCUGGUUGAGGUGAAUCGCCGUUACAUAUCAGAAUCUGAUGGAGAUCGCAAUCUAAAGCAUUCUAGUGUAUCUCUUCCCAGAAAUUCCUAUAGAUCGUACCUCCAAACCGAUUCGGUUAGUUUACUUUUAAACAGUUGA